UUCGGGCCUGAAGAAUGCUGGGCCGUUAUGGGCCGUUUGGUCCCUUCUUUUUUCCUGCUAGCGUGGAGUCCAAGAAGCAAUCUUGUGCAAUUCGUCGCUGCUGCGUGCCUCCGCCCCUACGACUACGAGCAGUCAGUCGAGUCCCGAACCGCCGGCGAACCCCCAUCCGGCAUCUCCAACCAAUUUCCUCGUCUGACUCUGACCAGUGACAUGGAAAAGGCUUCUCCAGCGACUGGGCCCAUGAGGAAGCGGAAGGACAGGGACGCGGCGGCUCCGGCAGCGGGCCCACCAGAUCCGGCUGCCGGCGGCAACAGGCUCCUGGCGGGGCUCCUCGCGCACGAGUUCCUCUCGUCCGGCACGGUCCUCGGCGAGCGGCGCGGGCCAGGACACGGGCCAUGCCCGGAGGCGGGCGGGGCCUCGCGGUACGAGGCCGUGGCCGUGCUGGUGCAGCGCGGCAUGGCCCGCGUGCCCGGGGUGGUCAACCCCACGCAGCUCGCCGCUUGGGCCGGGAGGUGAGCCGAGGAUGGCGCGCCAGCCAGCCGCGGGAGUUGGACACGCCGUGCGCGUGUCCAUCAGGGAAGCAUCCGCGUGCGUCUUUCUUGAGAGCGAUGCUGAUGUUACUAUGUUAGUACUCAUGUGGAAUCCCCAGCACAACGACUUUGGUAGUUGUGGAAUUCUACUUGUUACUAUACUCGUUUGUCCAUAUUUUAUUUUGUGCUGUGAUGGAUUUUAUAAGUUGAUCA